AUGUCAUUGAAAGAUAUUGAAGCUAAUCCAGUAAUUGAAACAACAGGAGAUGACGAAGAGCCAGUGCAAACUCUUCAUAAAACACCUUUGAAAGCCGUCAACAAGUCACUUGCUAAUCGAUUGCAAAUUAAAAGAUACGAUUCUCUUGAUGUGAUUGAUCGUUUGGCAGCCAUCAAAAUUAGUCCUAGAAUGUUGUUGGAAAAGAAGGAACGAGGAAAUGUUGAAAAAUCCAUCGUAGAACUUCAAGAUAAGACACAUUUCAUCUUUUCUGUUUAUGAUGAAGAUGGAAAUGGAUUUAUUGAAAGACAUGAAAUGUCUCAUCUUUUAUCAUGUCUUUUCAAUAAGAGUCUUGCUCUCUUAUCGGAUGUGAGAAAGAGUUUAAAUUUGCCAGAAUACGAAACUACAUCACACAAAGUCAUUGAACAAAGUGAAAUUGAUUCAAUUGUGGAUAAAUGUUUUGAACAAGCUGAGAGGGAUUCUGAAGGAGAACAUAAGGGAAAGAUUUCAAAAGAAGAUUUCAGAAAGUGGGUUUACAAUCAACCAAGUGUUUUGCAAUGGAUUAGUCCUGGUGUGAAGAAGGAUUAA